AUGACGUCCUCGCCUUCCCUCAUCCUCGACCACCGCAGGCAGAACUUCGGCAACGAGGCUGCAGUCGCCGAGGCCGAGGCAUCGCUCCUCGUCCACGCCUUUGAGGGCGGCGCCUCAGUGUCGCCCCGGGAUGCGGCGGCGGCGCUGGUGAGGGACGGCCUUGCUGUUGUCGACGCUGUGGUGCUGCAAUCUGCCGCCGCGCGCCUGCGCCAGCACGUCGACUCGCGGCUCUCAGACGUCUGCGGCGCGACUCCUCCCGAUGGAGAGCCGCUCCUCGGCCAGAUCAUGUGCCGCCGCAACCGUUGGGACCUAAAGCUCGACCUGUCCGAGCACCCCGUCGCCGAGGCGCUGCGGCAGCUUCUGGACGCGCUCGGGCCCGCGCUCGUCGCGGCGCUGGGUCGCGGCGCGCAGCUCUUUGAGCUCGGCGCCCUCGUGGCGGAUGCGGGAGCGCCACGCCAGCCGGUGCAUCCGGACACACCCUACUCGCGGAGCAUUUCUGUGGCGACGUGCAUGCUCGCGCUGCAGGACGUGGACCUGUCGAUGGGGCCGACCCACUUCCUGCCUCGCACGCACACGGAGAGGGAGCGGUCCGCCUCGUGGGGCCGCGACCCGACGGACGACGACGAGAUUGCAGCGGCGCUGGAGAGCUCGUCGACACGCAUCCCCGCUGCUGCGCUGCGGCGACGCGGCAUCCCGCUGCUCCGCUGUGGCGACGCGCUGCUCUUCGACGCGAGGACGCUGCACUGCGGCGGCGCACACGUCGGCAAGCGCGGCGCGCGGCGCAUCCUCUUCUACGCGUCGUUCCGCGCCAGCUGGGCCGCGGGCGACUGGCGAGGGGCUGGGUUCGAGCAGCCAGGCACGCUGCUCGACCGGCUCCGGGGCCGGUACCACCUCUCCCGCUCGGGCGUCCUGGUGGCCGCCGCGCCUCCACUCCGCAAGCGAGUGGCCUCUCUCCUCUCAGCGACUGUCGCGUGCGCGUUCGGCGUGGGCGUGGGCGCGCCUCGGCGUGGGCGUGAGCGCGCCUCGGCGUGGGCGUGCUGCCUCCUCCCACUCUGGCGGUGGCUGGUGCUGGCCGCGAGGAGAGCGCUCCUCCUCGCCCCCCUCUCGAGGAGGCCCGACGACCACUACUCGCUCCUCGAGCGGCGCAGGGGCCUCGAGCUGUGCGGCGAGGUGGUGGAGCGGGCGAGUGCGGCGGGCGUGCCGUGGCGCACCGACCGGCAUGAGCUCGCUGCGACGACCGAUCUCGAGCUGGACGGCGUGGAGGGCCUGGACGCUGGGCGAGAGGCUUGUGCAGGGCGGGCCUGCGGCGGGGAGGACGGUCCAAAUGGUGGCUGGCUCGAGAGACUCGAGGCCGCUCUGGACGCGUCCGGUGCGAUCGAGACGAUCCUGCAAGACAUCUCAAGCCUGUACGCCGUGGCUCGGGAGUACCUGGUGCUCCGCGAGAUUUUCCUCGUGCGCUACUCGGCGCUGGCUGGGCACCAGCGGGCGCUCCCUUCCCACCGAGACUCGAACUGGUUCUCCUUCGUGGUUGCGCUCAACAGCACAGCCUCCUUUGAGGGUGGCGGGACGUGCCUCCGAGACGCCCCACCCAUCUGCGUCCCCGCGGGGUGCUGUCUCACCUUCGUGGGCGCGCAGCGCCAUGCGGCUGCGGCCGUCACGGGGGGCACGCGAUUCGUGCUCGCCGGCUUUGUUGAUUUGCGUGCGCCGCUGCGGACGCGGGCGCUCUGCACCAGACAGAUGCACGCCAUCGACCCGCGUUUCGUCUGCUCCUCUUGCGAGGGCACGGCGCUCGACCCACUGAUGAGCAAAUUUGUUGCGCGAGUGUUGGAGCGCGGUUAA